AUAAAGCGAUCCCCAGCCCUACUCCUUCCGGGCCAGAGGGAACCAUGGCGGCGGCUCUGGCUCGGCUCGGACUGCGGCCGGUCAAGCUGGUUCGAGUUCAGUUCUGCCCGUUUGAGAAGAACGUGGAGGCGACAAGGACCUUUCUCCAGGCGGUGAGCAGCGAAAAAGUCCGUGCCACGAACCUCAACUGUUCGGUGAUCGCCGACGUGAGGCACGACGGCUCCGAGCCCUGCGUGGACGUGGUGUUCGGAGAUGGGUAUCGGCUGAUUAUGCGGGGCGCCCACCUCACCGCUCAGGAAAUGUUCACUGCCUUGGCCUCCCACAUACGGGUCAGGAACGCAGCGGCGGCCGCGGCAGCAUCGGCCUCCAGCGCAGACAAGCCCGGCCCAGUUACUGGUACCCGGCGCUGACAUUGCUUAAGAGUCCAACCACUGAAGGUUAGCUUGGAACUAAAGAUAGCUGUCUAAGAAGAACUGGGCUUAAUCACUCACAACGCUGCGUGGCGGUCACGAAACAGACUGAUGGUUCAUGGAAACCUGACACUUGCCAGUGCUCUGGGGGCAAGAUAAGUAAGAUGAGGUGGUGGAGGGUCAGGACGAAUUUGAAUUUUUCUUUCUCCUUUUCCCUCACUGCGUAACCGUAUUUGAGUUUGGCUUCAUCUGUUACCCAAGUACCUUUUAAUUAAAUAUUUAUUGCCAAAUGAA